CGACGGUGGUCGCCGCUCAAGAGAGAUGGGCAGCGUGCCGUCCAAGGCCAAGAGGGUCAAACCCGGGGGUGAUGGCGCGCCGAGCAAACCCGCAGUCGGGGAAGUCAAUGACGAAGACGUGAAAGCGGAGGCGAUGAAGAUAGAGGACAUGUCCCAGACCGAGCGCCUGGACUUCAUCAUGGGGACAGAACGACACGCGGUCGGGAGGAGGGAAGAGCACGUCGUCACCGAGAAACUGAAAGAGCGCGUGACCGAACUCGCCAAUCGCAUGGACGAGUCGCUGAAUUUCAAGGCGCAGACGAAAGCGCAACGAGCGGCGGCUGCGAAGUCCGCCGCGCACGCGGAGGAGCUACCGAUCUUGAAGCGCUCGCACUCGCUGAACUGGCGCGAGAGAGUCGCGCGGGCGAAGGAGCACGCCGCGGCGACGUUGUCCGUAUUGCAAAUCCUCGAUUUCGGGCUGACGAGCAAGAGGAGGAACUACUUCGACACGAUGCCCCCCGCGAUAGAAGAGGCCCUGGACGACGACUACCCGAGUUUCCUAGCGGAGUACGCGAAGGCUAAGAAGGCGAUCUCGGAGAUCAAGGAGGAGGCGGACAAGAACCGCGCGGCCAAGGAAAAAGAGGUGGCGGAGAAGAAGAGCGGCAGAUUGAAAGCGAAAGCGAAGCAGGCGGUCGCGAAGAGAAAGGCUCUCGUUAAGGCAGCGAAAGAAACCCAAGAGGAGCGAACUGACGUUUUCGUCUCGGAAGACGAUCACGACGAUGACGACAUACAGCACUUAUUCGACGCCGCCGCCGCGGCGAAGCUGCUUAAGACACCGAGAUGCUUCUGGGCGUGCCCGUGA